AUGAGGAUGCCCGCCAGAAAAUUACUUAUAAUUGCUGCUCUAUGCGGUUCGACCACUGCCAAAUUGCUCUGGUCAAACUCCCCAGCCAGCACUUCUAAUGUCAUACAACAAGCAUAUCCACUAGGUAAUGGACGGCUAGGGCUCAUGCCUGCUGGAGAACCCGGGGCAGAAUCAAUCAACAUCAACCUAGACAGCCUUUGGACCGGUGGGCCUUUUGAGAAUGUGACUUACUCCGGAGGCAAUCCUGUAACCGACCGAUCUCACUUUCUUUCUGGAAUACGCGAAGAGAUCUUCCAAAAUGGCACGGGAGAUGUUGACGAGCUUCUUGGUAAAAUAUACUCCUAUGGAUCAUAUACGCCGCUCGCAAAUUUGACCGUCGACUUCGACGAGCUACAGAGCUAUACUUCAUACUUUCGGGGCCUCGAUCUCGAAACUGGGGUCCAUUCAGUACGAUUUUCAAAUGAGACACAUGGAUUCAAUACAUCUAUCUUCUGCUCUCAACCGGACGACGUUUGUGUAUAUCAAAUCUCGUCGAACUUACCACUCCCAGCAAUGAAAAUUAGUUUAAGAAAUGAUUACUUGAACUUCACUUUGGUCAAAACGUCCUGCAUUGGAAAUCAGCUUCAGAUGGCCGGUCAGCUGGCUCAGCCAGGCAUGCAAUUUGUCGGAGUGUCUCAAGCAGUACAACCAACCGCUGCCAAGUGCAACGGGGACUCCAUUAUUCUCCCAGAAGGUUCAAAAGAUACCAGCUUAGCAAUUAUCGUUGGCGCCGGAUCCAACUACGACCAGACUCGCGGAAACAAGGCAGCCGGUUUCUCCUUUCGAGGUGCGGAGGCAACAUCCGCAGUGAAAAAGACCGUUUCCAUUGCGGCUUCACUGUCAUUCGAAGAUAUCUUUACCCGACAUGUUCAAGACCAUCAUGCCCUGUUCAGCACAUUUUCUCUCAACCUUCCUGAUACAUUAAACUCCAGCAACAUUGAGACCGCGCAAGUAAUUUCGGAUUACAACAGUUCAACCGGAAAUCCCUGGCUAGAAUCCCUGCUCAUUGACUACGGCCGAUACCUGCUGAUUGGAUCAUCUCGUGAGAAAUCACUUCCAGCCAAUCUCCAAGGGAGAUGGGCAGUCGACCAAGACCCUGCGUGGAGUGCCGACUAUCAUGCCAAUAUCAACUUACAGAUGAACUACUGGGCUGCACCACAAGUCGGACUUGGAUCUCUGCAACAAUGCCUCUGGGACUUCAUAGAACAGACGUGGGUUCCAUACGGGGAAGAAAGUGCAAAGCUGCUGUACGGUGCACCAAGCGGAUCUUGGGUAAUACACGACGAGAUAAAUACUUUUGGCUAUACUGCAAUGAAAAAUGACGCUGUUUGGGCCGACUUUCCCCUUGCAGCGACUUGGAUGGCACUCCUCAUUCCAAAAUGGCUGGAUUACUCCGCUGAUGCGACUUGGUACCAACGCCAGGGCUACCCUUUACUUAAAGGCACGGCAAUAUUUUGGUUAUCGCAGCUGCAAGAGGACCUUUAUUUCAACGAUGGGACCUUGGUGGUAAAUCCAUGCAACUCGCCCGAGCAUGGACCCACGACCUUUGGAUGCUCCAUGUAUCAACAGCAGAUAUGGGAACUCUUCGAUCGCAUUCUAGCGACCUGGUCUGAGAGUGGUGAUGAUGAUCACGAGUUCUACGAAAAUAUUGUGCAAGCAAUGGCUCACUUGGAUCGAGGCAUUCAUAUCGGAUCUUGGGGCCAGCUACAAGAAUGGAAAUUGGAUAUCGACGUUGAAAAUGAUACUCAUCGCCAUUUAAGUGGUCUUGUCGGUUGGUAUCCCGGAUACAGCGUUGCAAUUGAAGAAUGCAAUAAGACCAUUGCAGACGCUGUUGAAACAAUGAUGUGGUCUCGUGGUGAUGGAGAAACUGACGCGAAUGCUGGAUGGGAGAAGGUUUGGAGAUCGGCUUGCUGGGCUCGUCUUAACAAUAUAGAGGAAGCCAACUUUGAAUUGCGUUUUGCUAUUGAGCAGAAUAUCGCAGAGAAUGGGCUGUCUAUGUAUUCUGGCCAUUAUACUCCAUUUCAGAUUGAUGCGAAUUUUGGUCUUGUUGCUGCUGUCGCUGAGAUACUGAUUCAGGAUUUGCCACAAGCCCAUGGGGACCAGGGUAUUCAUACUGUGAUUUUAGGUCCAGCUAUAUCUUCUUCUUGGAAAGGAGGCUCUGUAUCUGGGUUGCACCUGCGUGGUGGAGGGCAAGUGAGCUUUUCGUGGGACUCUGACGGCAUUGUGCAGAAAGCCACUGUACAUGGGCGAAAGAAGGCGCUCAAAAUGAUGAAUGCGAGGGGGAAAGAGAUAGGAGAAUGA